CCUUUUCUCACCAUCUUCAAGUUCACAGUGACAUCCUCCGUCAGGUUGUCUCUGCAAUUGAUUUCUGACGAAAGUACCCUCCGUACUCCUUAAAAUCUCCAAAAGCCUCUCUUCCAGAGUCCCACCCGUGUGUACUCAGUUUUUAGAUUCUUCAACUGUAGUCAAAGAUCCUCUGCUACUCCUAAUUUCCGGAGCUUUGCAAAUUGCACUUCACUUUCUUCUCGUUCGUUUUUUCUGUUGUCUUUUCGCUUUUCUUGCCAUGAUUCUCGGUUACUAGCUUCACAUACACCGACGAUAAUCCGCAUGGAUUUGAUCGAAGGCACGGGAGAGAGCUCGUCGCCGCCUCCCUUCUUUGCCGGCGGUUUUAGUGGCUACGAUGUACGGAGCGACGUGUACAACCGGUUGGUCGAGAGUCAACACGAAGAGGUCAUCUCUAAUCCUGACUAUCGCGAACUCUUGGACGCUCACUUUAAUCGGUUGCCUUCUAGUUAUGGACUUGAUGUAAAUAUGGAUAGAGUGGAAGAUGUUCUGUUACAUCAAAAGAUUCUUCUAUUGGCAACAGACCCAAAGAAGCGACCUGUUUAUAACAUCCGUUUCUUGGAGAAUACUUGUGGUACAACAGAUGGUGAUGAUGACCCGCAAUUUGUAAGUUCUUUCUCUAACUCGAGGUCAUCUUGUGAUGCUGCUAGUGGAGUGGUGCCAUCAGAAAAGAGGAGCAGAGAUUGUGCUAUUGAAUUUGAACCUUGCCCUGGGCUUGAGCACCUAAAGUUGGAUGCUAGAAGAAAUUCCAGAUCUACGGAUAACUUUUCCAGAAGGCAGGAACUUCCACAUGUUCAUAUACAUGAAGUAAUAUUUUCGACCAUUGACAAGCCCAAGCUUCUUAGUCAGCUCUCUACAUUGCUUUCGGAUAUAGGAUUGAACAUCCGUGAAGCACACGUGUUCUCAACAACUGAUGGCUACUCCCUGGAUGUAUUUGUGGUGGAUGGGUGGCAUGAUGAGGAUACAGAUGGUUUGUAUAAAGCUAUGGAAACAGCAGUUGCUGGAAGCGAGGGAUCGUGGUCACAAUCUUCAGAUUCUCAUUCAGCUGUGGAAAAAGCAUUGUCAACAGAAGCAAACUCUGGAGAUUGGGAAAUAGAUACAAAAUCAUUGACGAUAGGAGAAAGAAUUGCAUCUGGUUCUUGUGGAGAUCUAGUUAUGUCUCUCACCAUUCUUUUGUGGUUCAUCUUAAGGUAUCAUGGAGUUUAUCUUAGUGAAGAUGUUGCUGUUAAGAUUCUUAAAUCUGAACAUUUGAAUAAUGCUCUGGAGGAUGAGUUUGAUCAUGAAGUGGCAAUUCUAAGGGAGGUCCAGCACAAAAAUGUUGUUCAAUUCAUUGGUGCAUGUACAAAGCCUCCAAAUUUGUGCAUCAUAACAGAGUAUAUGCCUGGAGGAAGUCUGUAUGAUUACCUGCAUAAGAAUCAUAACAUCUUGGAACUUCCUCAGCUCUUGAAGUUUGCAAUUGAUGUCAGCAAGGGAAUGGAGUACUUGCAUCAAAACAACAUAAUCCAUAGGGACCUGAAGACAGCAAAUUUGCUAAUGGACACUCACAAUGUUAUUAAGGUGGCAGAUUUUGGGGUUGCUCGAUUCCAAACUCAAGGGGGAACAAUGACAGCGGAGACAGGAACAUACAGAUGGAUGGCACCUGAGGUCAUAAAUCACCAGCCAUAUAAUCAGAAAGCAGAUGUAUUCAGUUUUGCCAUAGUCCUGUGGGAGCUAGUGACGGCCAAGGUUCCAUAUGAUAGCAUGACUCCACUACAAGCUGCCUUGGGUGUGAGACAGGGACUCCGACCUGAUCUUCCAAAGAAUGCACACCCCAACCUAUUAGAAUUAAUGCAGAGAUGUUGGGAAGCAGUUUCUGAUAAUAGGCCUUCCUUCUCUGAGAUAACAGCUGAACUUGAAAAUCUCCUUCAAGAAAUUCAGAAAACUUCGGAAGUAACAAACAGCAGUUGAACAUUCCCAGUACGCAAUUGUAAAAGCGGCUCAUUUUUAGGCAUUUGAGUGAGGAAUAUUCUCUCUUUUUGUUUCUUUCCCCCUGAUUUAUGUUCUUCAGAUGCAUACGAGGUUAUUUUGUACAAUGGAGACUUGAAAAAUUCAGAAGGCUGUCCAAUACAAAUUCAGAUAGACAAAUGGAGAGAUUAUCAUAAUCUGUAUUUCAAAUAUCUCCAGGGACUCCAAGUAACACCACGAUAAACUUCACUGUGAAAUUUGUUUCAAGCAAGGGUUAUACUCUCGAGCAGAUCUGGUAUGGCUACCGCUCGAACAAAUGCAUACUUUAUGUGAUUGGUUCAGGUUUUCAAUUAUCACCCUUUUGAUGGGUAAACUUGGUUUUAUCUUGAAAAGCAUGUAUAGUUAUUUAGUUCCUGCAGGAUUCACCAUCAGGAAACUCUGUACAAAUGCAAUGGUGGAUUUUCUUCCCUCAAUUAGGACUUCUUUUCCACCAAGUGAUCACUGAGUUGCAUAGUUUUUACAUAUGAAUCUAUCGUUAGUCAUGCAGCGGUCAUUGUUGAUUCA